UACCAAUGAAGCGGGUGUCAAGGCCAGCGAGGAUUUUGUGUUCUCCAUUUGUUGCGGGUACAGGAAAGUUAUUCCGGCAUGACGACAACAUUAUUGUAUUUGGAAGUUACAAAGACAAUGUUGAAGAAGGUGAUAAGUCGACAUUCUUGGGUUGGUUCCAGAGAGGGUACAAGCCCAAAAAAAGGCACGAAUAUUUUCUUCCCUUUCUUCAAUCUAUUGCUCAUAUGGUCACAAUAAAUUGUUCUUACAUUUCUUGUUUCAGGAAAAAGUUUAAUGAGCAUGAUGACUUAAUCAAACCAGCUUUUGUUAUUGGCUCAUAUCCAGUCGGUAACAAAACAUGGUUCCACCAACUCGUAGACCCUGAGACGUCUUUGAAUAGCGGGCACAUGGAUGCAUGCUUCUACUACAUUCGGCAGCUAGCAAAAUUUGGGAAAGUACAGUACAGAGCUACAACAACAAACUCCUCUUUCCAGAACAUGAUAAAAGACAUAUACCCCGCUUUCAAAAAAGAUCCUGAUGUUCUGUUGUCAGGAAGCCGGUUGUUCCAGGUGGUCACAGGUGAUAGCACAACUAUGAGAACACCUUGGGCUGAUGUAGACUAUAUGUUCAUGCCUCUCCUGCCCACGAAUAAAGCUCACUGGUUGCUAGGUCUGCUAGAAUUCAGAAGCCACAGAUUGAUCGUGUUCAAUUCAGCUAGUAAAACUUACCAUGACUGGAAGGUGCUAAAAGGUGUUAAGCCUUAUGUGAAGAUAUUGCCUGCUCUUAUGAAUGCAUUGGGAAUUUCGAAAAAAGACCCUGACUAUAAUGGAUCUGAGUGCAUGGAAUUGAAGGUGACCGUUGACACUGCCAUACCCCAACAGAUGAAUGGUCAUGAUUGUGGGGUGUUCGUCAUAUUAUAUGCGUUAUAUAUCCUUCGAGAUGGCAGAUCUUCUAUACCAUAG